AUGUACCAGCAGGAAGACAAAGGUCUGGGUUGGAUAAUUGCUCCAGAAUUGCCUCAGACUUUUGACCCAUCCCAUCACAUCAAAACUUUUGAUGGGCUAUUGGCCAGCUCCAGUUAUGGUGAUGCAGAGGACAAAGCGCUGUAUAUGCUUUCAUCCCUUGCUGUGAGCCCACAACAGAAGGAAGCCAUUGAGAGAGCCACAGUUGGGCAAACUAAGAAUGCCUUAUGGAUGGCAUAUCGCAGGAAGAGAAUAACAGCCAGCAACUUUGGUCUUGUGUUGGCAGCAGUGAAGAGGAACUCUUACCCUCCUUCAUUAUUCAAAACCCUGCUUGGUCAUUACAAUCUCAAGCAGGGAGCUCAUGCUUGUGAUUGGGGAAUCGUGCAUGAGCAAAAGGCAAAAGAAGAGUAUAUGAAGCGCACUGGUGUGACCUUCCAGGAGAGCGGCGUGUUUCUCUCUGACAGUGGCCUGCUUGGUGGCUCCCCAGAUGGGCUAGUAUCUGAUGACUGCAUCAUUGAGGUCACUGGCGAAGGUUGUGACUCCAUUGGGGGCCACACCAAUCAGAGCCUUAAGUGUGGUACAUCCUUUGUAAUGACUGUACAGAUGACUUUGGGUGUCCAAACUUUCUGUGUUGGACACAGCUACUUCAGUACAGUCUAG